AUGGCAACUCUGUCGCCACAUUUCUACCCGUGGAACUUCGAUCAAUGGGACUCAUCGGGACCGUUUGGAGAUCUACAAUAUUCGCAAAGUGGUCUACAGGUUAUCUGGUAUCCCAUUGAUGAUAUGAGUUGGACCAUAGCUCAAACGGGUUUUCUGGCAGUGGUCCAGGAGAUUCCAUCCUGUCAAUUCACCUAUUCAUUGGAUGCCGAUUCACCGACUCUAUCAUUUCAUGCUUAUAAGCUCUACUCGCUUGCAGAAAACACAACAAUCUAUAAAGCUCUUCCAAAUGGAUUGCCCGAAGUGACAAUUGACGUUUCCGAAAAAGAGAUUUGGGUCGUUUUGGCGUUUCGAGAAGAAGAAGAUGUUGUACACAUUUUCGAGAAAUUACAAUCUCUCUCAUUUUUCCUUUCAAAUGACGGAAAUGAUGUGGCCGUGAAAGUGGCUCAUGAAAAUGCGACAAAAGCUGAAAAGCGAUCAUUUUUACUGGAAAUCGAUUUUAUGAAACGACUCGAAUAUCACCCACACAUUCUAUCACUUCUGGCCUGUUCAACCAAUCCAUCAUUUUCCCUGAUUGAAGGUUCUCUGGAACUCGACGAUUUUGUGCCUAUUGGAUGGCAAUUGAGUGACGCUUUGGCCUUUUUGUCCGGAAAGAAAAUCAUUCAUCGAGAUGUCGCUGCGAGAAAUGUUUUGGUAACAAAAAGAAAAAUGGUUAAGUUAUCCGAUUUUGGCCUUUGUUGUUAUGCUAAAGCAGAAGAAGAAUAUGAAUCAAAAGAGGGGAAAUUACCCCUAAAAUGGAUGGCUCCCGAAUCGAUAGAAUGGGGGAGAUUCUCUGAGAAAAGUGAUGUUUGGUCAUUCGGCGUUGUUUUGUGGGAAAUGUAUUCUUUUGGGAAAUCUCCAUUCGAAUCAUUUUCUCAUCAAGAAAUUCUUCCAUUUUUGAGAAAUGGAAAUCGUUUGGAAAUACCCGAGUCGACUCCAGAUUGGAUUAAAAAGAUUAUUGAAGAAUGCUGGUCAGAAGAGCCGAUGAAACGACCGGAAUUCUCGGGAAUAAAACAAGUCAAGAUGUUUAUCAAAGGAAACAAGAAGUUCGAUCUCGGAAGAUAUCAUCCAAAGGCGAAAAGAGAGGUUGAUAGAGACAAAAGUAGUGGCGAUGAAUGCGAUGCCCUCGGCGAGGAGUUCGAGAAGAAACUUCAAGUCAGCACUGCAUCUUCGAGGAGUAUCCUUGCCGAACCCAAAAUUAAAAACAAGAAUGCACCACAACACACCAACACACCUACUCGCCUUAGGAUGAAGCUCGAUGACCGGUUUGACCAAUGCAAAGAUGAAAAAGACUUUGAAUUCAAAAAUCUGCAAUUUGUGGGAAAAAAAUUCUUCUUUGAAACUUUGGAUCUACAAGGAGCAAAAGUGCGGAUCAAACCUGUAAAGUGGGAAGCUCCAGGAAUCAACAUCAACGGCCGUAGGUCUUCCCACACGUUCUCCAUCACCGGGCUCGUGACUAUCGGAUUUGGGCACAAGAAGGCCAUGGGGUUCUUUGGAGCAUGCUCUAAACGCUACGACAAAGGGUGCUACCCCCUGAUUGAGUUCGAGAUCAAGUCGCAGACGAUUUGGCUCGUGUUCGAAUGGAAUAAAACGAGAGCCCAUUGGCUUCCGCGUUUCGUCGAUCGACGUCCAUUCUUCGGUGGUUUUCACUUCAAAAAUGGAAACUGCAAACUAUUCAAGGAUCAGUUCAUCAAUGAAUCCCUGCGGGCUGUUAAUAUCCGUUCUGAUCAAAGUUUGUUGAUGUUCGACCUGGUUCCCGUGGCCGGCGAGAGCCUCGUGGCGCGUUUCGUCAAACGAGCCCCACUCAAAAAGGGAGUCCGGAUGGCCGUUUUGAGAGACUAUGAGCUCAAUCCGGAAAAGGAAGCGUUCCCCAUCAACGAAGAGGGAGAGCCGAUAGCAAUCACUUUUCGCCCUCCUCGUGCUGCCAUGUGGUUGAAGAAGAUGAGAAAACAAAAAUAUGCUGCUGAAUGGCCCUACUUCAAGAUUCGAGUCACGAAUGGGAAGGACGAUGUGGAUAUUUUGUUAAAGCUCAAUUGGAAUGCAAAUGGACGGCGAUGGAUCCCGAUCUUCAGCGCGGCGUCGUUAAAAGAAAAGGAAAAAGAAGAAUUCGAGAACAUUCAAACUCCAAUACCUGCC